CUCAGAUAAAACAUUUGAAAUAAAUACCCUUUUUUCUUUUUCUUUUUUUCUUAUUCAUAUUUGAAAUGAGACCUGAUGAACAUAAAGCAAAAGAUUCUCGUCGAUAUCAACAGAAAAAAAAAUUUGAAGGCGAUACAACUGCAGCAGAAAUAGCAGAAGCACGUAGAAGAGCAGCAAGAGCACGUGAUAAAGGUGUUGGUAUGUCCGCCAUUCGUAGACGCAAUGGUGAACUUCAAGAAUCAGAGCAAGACAUUGAACAAAGAAAGCUGUUGCAAGCUAAAUUUUCAAGAAGAAAAAUUACUUCAAACGCAGAUAGAUAUAAAGAAGAAACAGAACAAGAGGCUAGGGAAAGAGAUGCUGAAUUAGGCAUUGAUCGUGAAACAACCGAUUUAGUUUCUAUGCUUGAGAAUACAGAGGAAGGAAAUUCAACAUUUUUCAAGUUUAAAGAUGAACAAACUUUUACUAAUGAUAGUGUGUUAAGUUCAAAUGGAGCUAUGAAUAGUAAAAAUAUGUUUCAACUAGAUUUCAACACCUUUGAAGAUACACUUCAAGCGUACGACACAAAAUUAUUAUUAGGAUUAGAUAAGGAAGAUGAAGAAUUGGCUCAAAGUGCGUUAAAUGAGCAUCCUACUGUACUGGAUAAGCCUAUUGUACCAGCAUUUGCCAAAAAUGCAAAUGGAUAUGUAUUAUUUAAAUCACAGCAGACAACAAAGUCAUCAGAAUCAGGAGAGGGCAUAUAUUUACGAAAUGAUGGAUCAAAUCAUCGUGUACUGUCUAAACAGGAAAUAAAAAAGAUAUUUGAUGAACCAUCAGUAAAAGAGAAAGACGAUGAUUUGGAUGAAUUAUUAGCCUUAGAUCAAAAGCCCUCUACGCCAUUACCAACGUUACCUAAACCAGGAGUCAUAAAGAAGAAUCCAAUUGCUAAAAAUGAAGAUAAAGAAGUGAUAGUAGAUGAUGAAGCAUGGCUAGAUGAUAUUUUGAAUUAAAUAAAGAGAAUACUUUUUAUUGAUGUAUACAGCAUUCACCACCUAUAUUUGUAAAUUUAUUCCGCAAUAGACAGAAAUACCUCACUCAACCUGAUAAUCUUAAAAAGAAUGUUCGCAUACUGAUCUCAUGUAGAACUUUAAGUCUUUGUAAUCGUAUUUCUAUCUAACUCUUGCUUGUCGUCUU